AUGCUUGCCUCCCCACUGCUCCCUGCACCACCGACGUUCGGUCCCCAACCAGCUUCUGACGACUACCGUCCCGCGAAGGACAUAGAAGCUUUCAACAACCUUUUGCCACCGCCCGUCGAAUUUGUCGAGGGCUCUUCGUCGGGGGCCUAUGCUGUUCCAGAGGGCAAAUACAAGCCGAUCAAUGUUCCAUCCUCACCAAAGGCACCAAGGCACGAAAAGUCCCCCGAGUUGACCAAUGGCACGCCCGCCACCCCCAAACCUGUCUCAAAACCAGACGCCCAACCCAAAACGCCCAAGUCGCCCACCAAGUCUCUGUAUCCAACGGGUAUCGACACAUCCUGGCCUCCAAACUGUAACAUUGGGUCGGGUCUGCACAAUACAGGAAAUACGUGUUUCUUGAAUAGCGCCCUCCAAUGUCUCCUCCACACCCCUCCACUUCUUCGAGUCCUUUCGCACCACAAACAGGAGUCUUGUAAAGUUGACAGAGGCUUUUGUAUGGCCUGCGCUCUACGUCAAGUUGCCGCCAAGUCGUUUUCGUCCCGCUCGCCUUUUGCACCCUCGCAGAUCACAGGGCGGCUCCAAACGAUAGCGAAGCACAUGCGGAAAGGGAGACAGGAGGAUACUCAUGAAUUCCUUCGUUACGCCAUCGACGCCCUGCAGAAGUCAUGUCUCGCUGGCUAUCCCCCAAAAAUCGAUCAGAAGCUUGCCGAGACUACUUGGGUUCACAAGAUCUUUGGUGGUCGUCUGCGUUCCCGGGUGACAUGUCGAGACUGUGGAUACAACAGCGACACCUUUGACCGAAUACUGGAUCUCAGCCUCGAUAUUCUCAAGUCAGACACUAUCAAAGAUGCACUCCGUAAAUUUGUCGCCAUUGAUUACUUGAAGGGAGCAGACAAGUACAAAUGCGAAAAGUGCAAGAAGCCUGUGACUGCUGAAAAGCGGUUUACGAUCCACGACGCGCCCCUCGUCCUAACCGUGCAUCUAAAGCGAUUCUCUCCACUUGGCCGAAAGAUUGGACAUCCCGUCACUUAUGACGACCAUUUGUCGCUACAGCCUUUCAUGAGUGAAGGGUCCUUUGGGCCAACGUACUCUUUGUACGGCGUCAUCUGCCACGCAGGUGGGGGACCGCAUUCCGGCCACUAUUAUGCCUUUGUCAAGUCCAGGGAUGGGAAAUGGUGGGAGAUGAACGACGAGAUGGUGUCACCGAUCAAUGGACCACCGUUGUCCAAGAAGAGCGCCUAUGUACUCUUCUACAUGAGGGCAAAGGGCCAGGGAUUGGAGGGGGCUGUCAAGUCGCAAAUCAACGGUGUAUUGAAGGAGCAGCGAAGCAAGCCUCGGUUGAGCGAGUCAAUGAAGGCGCCAAAACCCAAGGAUCGUGAUGCGGACGACGAGGACAAAGGCGAGAAGCUCGACCGACCGUUUAUUGGUCCAUUACUCCCAUCUCCUUCGAUCAACGGCGACAGCAAGAAGUUGAACCCUGUGGACCCUCAAGCGGCGUCGCUCAAAUCCAAGAUCGAGAAGGCUCGGAGCUCAAUGAGCACCCUUGAGCAGUACAAAUCUGAUGACGAAGACUCUGACAAAGAGGAUUUCGGAGAAAAGGUCGAGGAUAAAGGGGAGGAAACCAAAGGAGAACCACCCUCUUCACCUCCGAAAGAUGUUGAAAUGCGACCCUCAUCACCCCAUCCACCACCACCCUCAUCUUCGCCACCCCAUGGAGCUUCUGUCACAAAUGGCAUCCCUCCCACUUCGUUUUAUGGUCCGACUCCUCCCAAAAAGCGGAAAACACCAGACAACGCGCACGAGGGGAGUUCUCAGAAGCGCCAGCUCCUCUCCUCGGACUUCAAGAAAGACAGGCAUCGAAAUCCAUUCAACGGCAUUACAUAUAAGAAGCGUAAGCCUCCGCGAGGUCUAUAAGAUUCAUCAGUUUAGAGCACAUGUAGUUUAGCAUUUUCUAGUUGACACGUCCUCACCCUUUCCUUACAGUACUUAGUGUUGCAUCGCAACUCGCCUCGCUUUCAAUUGAUGUAUGCAUGUCGGUUCA